AUGGCAUUAGUCGGGAAAUGGCUUUGGAGAUUGAAAACUAGUAAUAAUGGCUUAUGGUUUAAAGUUCUAUCUUUCAAAUAUGGGAAUUCCUUAGAGUUUAAUAAAGAUAAUAUUGAUAAAGGUUCUUUUUGGUGGAGGGAUUUGACUUCCCUCUAUGCCGAUGGGUGGGGUGGAAGAGUUAAUUGGUUCAAAGAUAAAUUUGAGUUAGGUGGAGGCUAUUUGGGUGAUCCAAACCGAUUCGUAGUGAAAGAAGUGUACAAGGAGUUGAUAGAUAGGAAUGGGGCUAAUACUAUUGCAUUUUGCAAUUUCAUUUGGAACAAAAAAUUUCCUUGCAACAUUUUAGUGUUUUUAUGGCGUGUGUUGCAAAACAAACUUCCAACCAGAGAUAACCUUAGAAAGUUAGGUAUUCUAAGGGGCGGUAGUGAGCGUUGUCCUUUUGGGUACCAAGAGAGUGAAUCCAUUUCUCAUUUAUUAUUUGAUUGUUAUUGCUUGAAGUCUGUUUAG